CUCCUUAAUUCAAUCCAAAGACAUCUGGAUAUCAUACCUUCUAGAUGAAAUGCCUGUGAUGCUCUUCGUACAUACCGUGCACACUCCGCGGUCAGAGCUUCAAUAACCAUAUAUCUACCCUAUAUGAAUUCCAACUUCCUCUAUCCCAGCCCACUCAACUAGUAGCUACCAACUUACCCGUGCCACGACCCGGCCGAUGGCGGACGUCCUGCGACGAAGAGGAAUAUACCACACUCAUUGGAUACAUCCGCUCUCGCAGGCCCUAGGAAUAGCAUACAGACAAACCUCCCUGGAAACCCUAUCUGCAAAGGCGGGAGUAGCGUAUAGUUAUACAGUAGAUUUCGCGGGUACGUCUAUCAAGCGAAGGUAUCCCCGUGUCGUUGAAGGGAGGAUUCAAGGCACAACCCCCCACCUCUCAAGCAAAGACAAGGCCGACGGCAAGAAAGUCGUGACUGUGGGAUUCCAUGCCCCUAAUGGAACGAGAUACUUGUCCAUCCACGCGCAUGGCGACGGCACUUGGAAAGAGUUUCUUUCGAGGGCAGGGAAGGCCGUUUCGCGCAAGGAUAGCUUCCAGCGGAGAUUGAAUAGACCCUGUUAGUUAGAGGGGGGAGGAGUCGAGGUAUUGUGUGGUAGUUACUGUGCUUUCAACAGCUGUUGAUCGAUUUUUAGCGUCAUAGUAUUCAUUGGUGAUAUGGUUUCUUGUUUGCUUUACCCGCACUUGGACCUAUUUUUGUUCAUGCCAUGUGGGAGCUUACAUGUGUCUCUUAGUAUAUGAAGGUAAUCGAUA